AUGGUUCAUCCCAUGGUUCACUCGCCAUGGUUCGCCUUCGGCGCCUUGGCGUUUGCGUCGCUGUGGCGUCGCGGUGCCGCGGACGGUGGUUGUGCGGUGGGUUGGACGCUGAUUGACGAUGCCUGCUUCAAGGUCACGGAAGGCAGUCAGACUUUUACGACCAGUCUGACGACGUGCAGCUCGAUGCAUGCCAGUGCCACCGUGGCCACACUGGUGAACGAGGAGCAGAACCUGGCCGCCUCCCAGCUGCUGACUUCGGGCGCGUGGAUUGGAUGGGCGGAUAUGGGCACUGGUGCUUGGUCCUGGGUGGAUGGUUCCACGUGCCGCUAUGGCAAGGGGGUGGUGGCGAAUAGCGUAGCAAACAACGAGGUGUGCACCAGGUUGGAUCCAAGCGGCAGCUGGAUCCACAGUUCGUGCAUCCACAGUCGUCAGGCGCUCUGUGCCUAUCCUCUGCAGGUGAGGAAUUGCAGCUGUGCCGCGAGGUACGAAGUCCUGGAGGGUUACUGUGAACCCAACAGCUUCACUGACACUUUGUGCUCGGCGUCUUCCUCCGUGCCAGCACAGGCACCCACUUGCGUGGGCGACUUUGCACCCAACGACCUGCCUGGCUACGGCGAUUGGAGCCGUGAAACUGGCUUCGCGUAUCUCCAUCCUGAUAGCUGUGAUGAGGAGUGCGUGCAGUGGCGCUGCGACGUUGAUCCUGCAUGCCAGGGCUAUACCUGGGCCCUGAACGCCAUCAAUGGCAAGUCAGCUGCCUCGCUGAAAAGCAGCAUCAGUGGCAGCAAUCCGUGGUCAGGAUACCAGUGCAAGGUCAAGACCACCGCUUGCUUAAGCGACGAGCAGAUUCCCGCGAGCGACAGCAUGGGCCAAGUGCAAAAGGCGACCUUGGUCCUGCUUUUCGGCAUUGGUGCGUUGACCAUCACAAGAUGGCCCAACCAUGCGGAGGCUUCAGAUGAGAUGUCUUCUGCAGCCAUGGUGAAGCCGAUCAGAAAGGAACCACCAAAGGAGGAAAGCACAGCGAAAGGAUCGAAAGGAUCGAAAGGAUCGAAAGGAUCGAAAGGAUCGAAAGGUGGGACGUUGGAGGCUAAGGUGAAGCCAUCCGAAAUGCAAGUUUCAGAACUGGCAGAAGUGGAAGAGGAAGCCUGGAACAAACCCAAGCAGAGCAAAAAGGUGAAAGUGAAGUCUGAAGAAGCAGCACCAGCAGUUUCAGUCAGCAAGCCGAAGGCAAAGAAGGCAUCCGAAGCUCCUGAUCCUCCUGUUGCGAAAAAGAAAAGGCGUAAGGAGAUCAAGGAGGAUUCAGUCGAUACCGUUCCCACUGUUACCAAGAAGAAGCUCUCCAAAAAGAUCAAAAAGGCGCCAGAGGAACAGAAGGACCCGCCCAUUAAGGUGAAGCGAAAAAAGAAAGGCACAGAGGCCACGAAAGCCCCGGAAGUCUCCAAGAUCAAAGUGAAGGCUGGGCAAAUAGCUAUGCCAAAAAGCGGAAAGCGCCCGGAAGUUGAAGCCCCGACAGCGCCGUGGACGAUGCCCUGGACCGCCGACGGCGUGGCACUGCGAUCACCGGAGAAAUUCGACGGAGAAGUUCCGCGAUGGAACACAAGAUGGGUGUGGGGUCCUGUCGCAACACUGAUGUGCUUUGAGCAGAGGAUGGCGCGAAAUCGAGUGAUGUUGAACGUCUACGACGUCGCCCCGGCACGUGUUGAACAUCGCACAUCUCAACGUCUCCAGUGGCCCACCGGUGAUGCGGCCGUAGCAGGUGUCAAGACGUGCUGGCACAUUGGCUCGCACCUGUCCGGGACUUGCUUCACUUGGUGGGUGAGAGAUGAAGACUGGGCUGUUGUUCUGGACUCCCGUGCGGCGGCCCAACGCUUGCAACGGGCGAGACCGGUGGAGUGCAUCGCAAUUCUUCAUGACCUUCGACAGCAACACUUGCAGCUGAACAGCUACCAUGCGGCCGCCUGCCUGACAGCCUGCAAGAACGCCGAAAGGUGGCCCUGGACGUUGCAACUGCUAGAGGAACUGGAAGGGCUACAAGUGGAGAUCGAUGACGUGGGAUGCAGCUGUGCCAUUGCUGCCUGUGUGAAGCACUGGGAACUGGCUCUGGCCCUGCUGUUGCACUUCGCGCGAAGCGGAAGCGGCCUGCUCCGCUCCCAUGGCGCGGCGCUCAGUGCCUGUGCCAAGGCUAAGCGAUGGGAGGAAGCCCUGGGGUUGCUGCACUGGUUUGAAGAUCUGGAACUGCAAGCCGAUGUCAUCAGCUAUGGCGCUGCGAUCAAUGCAUGCGAGUGGCCGCAGGCUUUACAGCUGAUGGACGACAUGAAAGCGAAGAGCUGUGAAGCCAAUGAUUUUUGCGUCUUGACCAAUGGAUGGGAUCAGACGGUGGUGAAAUGGCAACUUCCAACUGGGGAAAAUGAUGAAGUGUCUAUUCGCAUGGUUGAACCCACCUUGAGUUUUCAUUCCAUGGACAACUGCGCGGACAAGAAUCGUGCCCCCAUCCGCAGCACGCACGCACAGCAUGUGGCCAAGUUGGAGAAAUUCCUGAAGGGAGCAUUGGUGGAUCUGCAGGGAAGUGGGAGUAUCUUCGGCUACCGGGUAAAGUGUGCAAGGAUUGAACGGGCCUUAAGGUCCGAACUCAGCCCUUGUGCCGAACUGGCCGAACUCAAGUUGUGUCCAAAGUCUGCGCGCGACUGCUACAGCGCUGCCAUGAAGUCCUUGAGCGCGGAGCUGUGGCCCUUGGCUCUGCAGAUGUUAGCGGAGUUGCCUCAGCCAGAUAGGCGGACAUUGAAUGCCGCACUCACAACCUUGGGACGUGGCAGACAGUGGCAGAUCUGUUUGGAUCUCUUGCGAUGGCCUGCUGCUGAUCGAAUCAGUUACAACAUCGCCUUGGACGCCUGUUCGGGCAACGCUUGGGUUUGGGCGCUGGUGUUGCUGGAUGAGCUGGGAGAGGUGGACGAGGUGAGUUUGCACGCUGCCAUCAGCGCCAUGGAGGAGCAGGGACGUUGGAAAGAAGCGCUAGCACUCAGCUGGAGCCAUGUGCAGGACCCCAGCAGCCUCCGCGCGGCCAUCGCGACCUUGGGCGCGGCAGCGCAGUGGCAGCGGGCCCUGGGGCUCUUCCGCGGCCAUGCCCUGGAUGUCUAUGCAGGUACAGCAGCAGUGAAGGCCUGUGGCAACGCUGGGCGCUGGGAGCAAGCCUUGCAGUUGGUUGAAGACUUGAGGCCCGUGCUCAACGCCUUCGCCUUGACCGCGUUGCUGACGGCCUGUGCAAAUGCACAGCGGUGGCAAACGGCCCUUGCGCUGAUCAAUGAGGACUUCCCAGUGCGCCGCAACGCGUUUUGUUUCUCAGCAACCAUUGCAGCUUGUGCCAAGGGCGCCCAGUGGCAACAGGCUGCGGAACUAUUAUUGAGGAUGCCUGAAGAUCUUGUAGAGCCCAAUGCUAUUUGUCUCAAUGCAGCCCUGAGCGCCUGCGAACGCAGCAGCCAGUGGCAGCACGCCAUGCAGCUGAGCGAGUCUUCGCAGAUACCUCUGGACGCCGCUGGUCUUCACGUGUUGAUGUGCUGCGCUGAGUUGGGACAUUGGCAGCUGGCAUUGGAACUCAUGGCGCGCCAUGAGGAUGUGAUGUCCACGGCAGCCUUGGACGCGGCAGUCAUGGCAUGCUGUCGCGCCAAGAGGUGGCAGGAGGCCUUGAGCCUGGGCCGCGAGUUGUUGCGCUCUCCGGUGCCGGGACAGCGACUGGAGGUGCUCAGUGCGCUGAAGGCGCUCUUCGAAGCAGGUCAUCCAUCUCUAUCGCAGCAGCUGCUUCACCGCCUGGCCCAACGCAUUGCGGAGGAACGGUCGGAGUUUCCGCAAGACUUGGAGCAGGUUCUACUGGCAGCUGCUGAGUUGGAGACAGUGGCAAGACCGCAGGAGCUUUUGCCCAGCUGGAUUCCACGCUUUGAUCAUCGCUUGGUUGCGCCGGUGACGGGGCGCUUGGUGUACCAGAAGGAGGUGGCCUUGCUGAGGCAUGUGCUUCAGCGCUGCCCCGUGGGUGAUGCCGCCGCGGUGGAACUCGCGAUGGAUGGUUUCGGGGAGGAGUUGGGCGCUGUAGGUGGAUGGGCAAAGUUUGCUGGAGGCAGCAAAGCUGAUGUCCUGCUCUCGAGUGUGAUGGGCGCGGCACCAUCCCCCGCUAGCGUGCUGGAUGUCGGCGCCUACUGUGGCGGCUCAGCCUUGCGCCUUGCGCGACAUUUGCCAGGUGCUAAGGUGGUGGCUCUGGAGUUGGACGUGGUGCUUGCUGCCGUGGCGCGGGUGAUGCUGGCCUUUGCAGGCCUUCAACGCGUCCAGCUCUGCACCGGUCACACUCGACAGCUGCUGCCAGACUUCGCCAAGCAGAGCUUUGGUGCCGUCUUCAUGGAUCUGUGGGGCUCGCAGUAUACCGAAGCCUUGUCGUUGCUCCAGCGUCAUCAUCUCCUGGCACCCCAUGCCUUGCUCUGCGCGGACAACGUGCUGCGCACGGCCGCGGGGGAGUUCCUGUGGCGCGUGGUCAAUCCCAAGGCGCCUCCAGGUUUCCGCACGCUGUUGUUGCCAGUCACAGAGGUGGUGAACCAAGACGAAGAGGACUGGAUGUCUGUCACCGUGAUUCAUCGUGGGGAUUCCAACGUCUUCGAGGUGCCUCCAGCUGUCCGUGAAUUGCAGGGCAACUCAGAACGUUGGCGCCAACGUGCCACGAAUGUGGGAAUGGACCCGGAGGAAUUUGAAGAUGUGGCUCAGCACACAAAGGCUGUUCUGAGAAGUGUUGGCAUAGAGCCCGUGGAGCUGAAAAAAACUGCUGCGCAAGGGGGGUUUAUUUUGAGACGAAAAAUACACCAGCAGGGCAUAAGAGUGAAUGUUAUUGAUAACAAUAAUACUAAUGAUACAUUACUCAAGUAA